AAUGCCGUGAAAUGCAUUCAUAGUCCAGAAAAUGGAAGAAUCGAAGAGUGAAACCCUGGAUUUGUCGAGGCGUGGGUUGAAGAAAAUAGAGAAAGCGCCUGCUGAAGACUCCAAGACGAUAAUCAACCUGGUGCUCGAUCAAAAUGAGUUGCAAAGACUCGAUAAUAUUGAAACUUAUAAUAGAGUGGAGAACCUUUCAAUAUGCAACAACUUUCUUCUACGAAUGCACGGAGUGUCUCGACUGAGCAAUAUCAGAGUGCUUGCAUUGAACAACAAUGGCAUACUGCAAAUUGAAGGAUUGAAAGAUUUAAUCUAUCUGAAAGUUCUUAAGUUGGCUGGCAACAACAUCAAGUCGAUAGAACAUUUGAACCAUAACAUACAUUUGGAACAUCUCGAUUUGUCAAACAACCAAAUAUCUUUCAUAGCUGAUAUCUCGUAUUUGAAGAAUAUGAAGCAUUUAAAUCUUGAAAGAAACCGCAUAAUAGAUCUGCGGCAAUGUGAUCGAUAUCUACCAACGAAUGUAGAACACCUAGGUCUUGCUCAUAAUAACAUUCAAGACCUGAACGAAGUGUGCCACUUGGUACAUCUAGGGAAAUUAGAGAGUUUCACAAUACAGGGAAAUCCUUGUGUUGCUAUGGCGGGAAAAGAUAAAUUAGGCUUCGACUACAGACCGUUCGUGCUUAAUUGGAUUAUGAGCGUCAAAUCGAUCGACGGGUUCGUCGUCAGCGCUAUUGAAAGCUUAAAAGCAGAAUGGUUGUACAGUCAAGGCAAAGGGCGACAUUUCCACGCAGGGCAACACCAAGAGCUAUGCGAGUAUCUUGCCUCCACUUGCCCCCUUACUGCUGAUGCGCUGGAGACCGAGGACCAGAGAAAACUUAGAUUGAUACUAAGUAAGGCACAGCAGCAUCAGCAGCAGUUAAAGGACAUGCAUAUUCCACAUCGGCCGAAGUUGCAGUCGCCUAGGAUGCAGUCCCGAAUUGCAUCUCGGCACAUGGGGCGUUCCCCAGACCGGCUCACAUCGAGCUACCACUCAUCACUGUCCAAGACCAAUUCGCCGUCUCAUCAGAUGUCAACCUCAUGCUCUGGAGAACUGCCCGGCAUUCCGCAGGUCAUGAGUCAGAGCUUCGACUCGCCUGGUCUUAUGUAUUCACCUGAGAGGAAAGACAGUCUCAAGGAGAAAGAGAAAGUACAACCUCAAGAACAAACACCGCCAAAACCAGUGCACCAAUCGUUGGAGGCCGCGUCAAAAAUGGUGCCAGUACCGGAAUCACUGAUGAGUCCAGACUAUCAAGACCCCAUGUACGACAUCCAAAGAUCGAUACCAAAGCCGGCGAAUAGUGUUUCUUCGCAAUCCAGCAAUAGUAGUGUACAGGAAGAGAAAAGAACCAGUAGUACCUCUGUUAGUUCUAUAGGAAAGAGGAUUGGCUCACCAAAGUUGACGAAGAGCGCAACGUCGUCACCCAAACUGCGAACACGUACGGAACGAAAGAACAGCGUAUCGAGUGUUAGAAACGAAGCAAAACAAAUGAACGGUAUUUCUAUAACUGAAGAAAAGGAGAAAAUUAAUUCCGAGAAAAACGAAAUCAUGAAACUUGCCUCAAACCAAAGGCGGCAGAAGAAGACAAGUGUUGAGUCUAUGGCAGCUGUUACGAUACAGAAGAUGUGGAGAGGUUAUAGAAGUCGGAACCUUAACAAGGACACAUUGAGAAUACUACACGCUAUUCAGGCAGCUAGAGCUAGGCAGCAUAUACAGAGACUGACAUGCGACAUGGAAGCUACCAAAGCAGCGCUGGAGAGUGAAAGAAAGAUACAGCAAUUACAAAUGCAAGCUAUAAACGCAUUAUGGAAAAAGGUGUCCACUUUACAAACCACUGAAACACAAAAGAAAUGCUCGAACACAUCAGAUGAAAACACAGAAGUGUUAAGACAAAUAACGGAAACGUGUAUCAGCUUACAAGCACAGGUGGUAGACCUGCAAGGCUGCAUGCAGGAGGUACUAAAAGCAGUAUCGGGUAAACAUCAUUCGGAGCCCGUCGCUACACAGACCGACAUCGUGGCUGUCAUCACGCCACAGCAGGAGGAGCGGUGUACAUGGCUGAAGCGGCCACAGUCACUACCGCUAGAGGUGUCCGCUGCGCCGGCGACCGUGCCCGUUCCCGUACCCGCUGUGUCCACCCCGCAGCCCCCCGACGACGACGAUCAACACCACGACCUGGAAACUCCAAACAAGCUCGACGCUCUUGAUAUAGAGUGUACAGAGUCGGUCAUAGAGGACACCACGAUCACCGAAAGCCUGGGCACGGAGACCGAACGAGACCAAAGCAUCAUCACUGACUGAUGAUAAAAUAAUUCUGUGAAAUUAUUGUACAGUUGACGACAAAUAUUUUGAUUACACUCAAGUCUAUAGGGUGUGAAUGUCGCUAUGAAGAGGUGCACUUUAGUUGAAACUUCUAAAGACUUUUUUACUUCAACGGAUAACUAUUACUUCAUUCGAGCAAGGAAGAAGUUGAAGUAAAUUCAGACAGGCCAAUCCUAUGAUGUUAUAGUUUGUUCCGAUCCAUUUUAAACGAAAUGUAAACAAAACGCUUUGGUUGUAUUUCUAAAGCAAUCAUCGAAUAAGCAACACUUUCACGUGUAUUUCGAAGAUUUUGACUUGAUAGCUCAUCACUUUUUCCAACAAUAUUCAUUUGAAUAACGUCGUAAAAUCGUAUUUGAAAAAUGGUAGUAAAAAAGUGAGGUUAUUUUUAA